CAUAAAACUUGAAAGCAUAAGAAAAUAUCCCACUCAAAUCAUAAACAUGGGAAAAUCUCAAGGAAUGGCUUUUCUUGUGGCCACUCUAUUAGUGGCUUUUGUCUCAUUGGAUAUGGCUUCGCUUGCCGUAGCCGACUACAUCUACGCCUCUCCUCCACCUCCUAUUCACCAUGAGAAGCCACCUAAGGAGCAUUACUCACAUCCACCUACUACAUCUCCUGUUUACAAGUCUCCUCCUGUUCACAAAUACCCACCACCCACUCCAGUGUAUAAGUCUCCUCCAGUUUAUGAGCAUCCACCAUCUACCCCAGUUUACAAAUCGCCACCAGUUCAUGAGUACCCACCACCCACCCCAGUUUACAAGUCUCCACCGGUUCAUAAGUACCCACCACCCACACCGGUUUACAAGUCUCCUCCAGUUCAUGAAUACCCACCACCCACCCCAAUUUACAAGUCUCCACCAGUUCAUAAGUAUCCACCACCCACCCCAGUUUACAAGUCUCCACCAGUUCAUGACUACCCACCACCCACUCCAGUUUACAAAUCUCCACCGGUUCAUGAAUACCCACCACCCACUCCAGUUUACAAGUCUCCACCAGUUCAUGAGUACCCACCACCCACCCCUGUUUACAAGUCUCCACCGGUUCAUAAGUACCCACCACCCACACCGGUUUACAAGUCUCCUCCAGUUCAUAAAUACCCACCACCCACCCCAGUUUACAAGUCUCCACCAGUUCAUGACUACCCACCACCCACCCCAAUUUACAAGUCUCCACCAGUUCAUAAGUAUCCACCACCCACCCCAGUUUACAAGUCUCCACCAAUUCAUGACUACCCACCACCCACCCCAGUUUACAAGUCUCCACCAGUUCAUAAGUAUCCACCACCCACUCCAGUUUAUAAAUCUCCACCGGUUCAUGAGUACCCACCACCCACCCCAGUUUACAAGUCUCCACCAGUUCAUGAGUAUCCACCAUCCAUUCCAGUUUACAAGUCUCCACCAGUUCAUGAGUAUCCACCAUCCACCCCAGUUUACAAGUCUCCUCCAGUCCAUAAAUAUCCUCCACCAACCCCAGUUUACAAAUCACCACCUAUUCAUGAAUACCCAACUCCAAGUCCAGUCUACAAAUCUCCACCGAUUCAUCAUCACCCAAAACCUGUGUCUCAUCCUACUCCUUCCCCCUAUGUAUACGCUUCUCCUCCUCCCCCUUACUACUAAAAAGUUAAAAGCUUUACUUUCAACACAAUAUCCUUUAAAGGGAAAAGUUGGUUGACAAUGGACAAACAAGUACCAAAGCGGAGGACGUAUCUUUGUCGAAAGAGCUAUAAUAAAGAAUUAAGAUUACAAAUCUAGUCAUUUUUUAUUGCUUUUCUUUAUAAUAAUAAAGUCAUUAUUAUAAUUAUUAUUAUUAUAUAAGUAAGUUUUGCACAAUAAUUCAAUUUCAUGUGCACCUAUUAUAUAUAAUUGAUAAGCUUCUUAAUUAAUUCAGAGUGGUUUGGAUGAUCCACAUGGUGAUUGGUUCCUGAAUUUGAUACCAUGCAUGAUUUUUUACUUGAUCACAGAUAUUAUUAAGAUAUUUUUUUAUUUUGCCCCCUUUUUGGC